AUGUUCUCCGCCGCCCUCCGCCCCGCCGCCCUCGUCGCCCGCCGCGCCGUCUUCAAGCCCGCCCGCGCGGCCGUCUCCGCGCGUGCGCUCUCCGUCUCCGCGGCGCGUCGCUCGGAGCACCCCACCCCUCAAAUCUUCGGCGAGGGCGCGAAGCCGGGUGAGACCCCCACCGACGAGAAGCAGGCCACCGGUCUCGAGCGUCUUCAGCUGCUCGGUGCUAUCGAGGGCGUUGAGGUCUUCGACCUUGCCCCUCUGGACUCGUCCCGCAUUGGCACCCUCGCCGACCCUAUCAAGGUCUACUCUCUGGAACCCGAGCGUAUCAUCGGUUGCACUGGCAGCCCCGCUGAGUCGCAUGAGCUCCUCUGGAUGAACCUCAACAAGGAGAAGAACCGUCGCUGCCCUGAGUGCGGCUCUGUCUACGCCCUCGACUACCAGGGGUCUGCGGAGCACGGCCACGCGCACCACUAA